AUGAACGGAUCGAUGACUGCGUGUCUGUCGGGUCUGUCUGUGGACCGGUUGCGACACAUGAGGGAUGAGUACAUCUGUGGCCAACAGUACAAGUCUGCCGUCUUCUGGAGCGACAAAAUCGUGUCACUGACCGACUCACACACCGAUGAUGUCUACCAACAGGCCAUCUGUUUCUAUCACUUGAAUGAGUUCCACAGAGCCAUCCAUUGUAUCAAAUCGAGACAAUUGCACAAAACGGUGCUCUCGUGUCGCCAUUUGGUCGCCAAAUGUCACUUCUCAGCCAAAGAGUAUAAGGAAGCGCUGGAAGUGCUUGAAUUUGAUUACAACGACAGUAAAGCGAUGGACAUCACUGGUGGUGAGAGAGAAGAAGAUAAUAAGUGGAAGAGUGGAAUCGCUUUACUGAAGGGUCAGAUCUAUGAGGCCUUAGACAACCGCAUGAUUGCCAUCAACUGCUUCAAAGAGGCCCUCAAAUACGAUGUCUUCUGUUACGAAGCCUUCUAUUCAUUAACUCAACACCAGAUGCUCACCAGAAGUGAAGAGGAGGAGAUCAUCACUUCGCUAGACUUCACGAGUCAGUGCACCAAAGAUGAGACCAAUUUCGUUAAGUUCUUAUACGAAUCGCAACUCAAAAAGGUUUGCAAUUACCUGUAA